CUAUCUUACAGAAAAAAAUGACUAGAUAUAUUACAAAUCCAGAUACUGGCAGAAAAAUUCAUGUUGGAGGAACUCUCUUUUGCAAACUCCUUUAUGAUAGAUAUGAUUUCAUUCAAGGAGAAUUUGUUCAGAGAGCAUGGACUCCUGAUAUAGUAAGAAGAUAUGUUUAUAAUGUAGUAACACAUCGUAGAGUUCUGGUAGAUGGCAGGCAAUAUAAUACCUAUAUCCAAAAUGGAUGGGAAGUAAACAAUCAAAAUCAACUAUUCCCCCCUGACCAUUUAUGGGAAUUACCCCAGGAAAAUGCUAGGCGCGAAAAUCAUAUUCUUCCUACUUAUGAGAAUCUUAUGGCUAUACAUGGAGAAAGACUUGCAAAUCUUAAUAUUACUCUAUGCUGA